UGGAAAUCAGACAUGUAUAGACACCAUCGAUUACAGCUUUCUUGAUUGUAAACGUAAUUGUUUAAACGAAAUAUUAAAGAAAGAGUGUAGCUGCACGAUGAACCCUUCUCCUAUAGGUAAUGAUACAUAUUGCGUCAAUGAUUACCAUGCCAAUACUUGUGCUGCAGAACUAUAUGGGAAUGUAUUUCAGUCAUCAACACUAUGUGUUUGUCCUCCAGAAUGCCAUGUCAUUAAGUUUGACCAAGUAUUAUCAUCCGUAGCGAACAAAAAUGAUUAUCAAAGCCACUACCUGAAGAUUCGGAUAUAUCUGAAAGACCUGUCAACCACAGUAACAGAACAAAUUCCUAAAUACGACGGUGUUACGUUAUUAUUAGCAAAUCUUGGAGGACAGAUGGGUCUUUUUCUUGGUGCUAGUAUUCUUACUAUUACAGAGCUGCUGGAAUUUAUCAUAUUUAUCGUGUGGACUGUUAUUCAACGUCGUGCGAAAGGGAAGAAUGCGGUUCGAAAUAUAGACAUUUAAGAAUGACAUUUCAACAAAUACAAUAGUGAUUAUUUGCCAUGUAUUUACUUUUUAUUUAAUCAUGCUCGAAGUUUAUGUUGACAUUGGCAACAAAACUAUGUA